CGUUGUUGUUGUUGUUGUUGUUGUCGUUUUUUUCGUUUUUUGCGAGUGCAAUUUUUUAUGAAUGAUUUUUUUUUUAGCACACAAUUGUCGUUGUAAUUUUGUCAUUAUUAAAACUAGUUUUAAUUAAAGUUGUUUGUUUUUUUUUUUUGUUUGGAGAUUGUUGUUACAAUUAAAAAAGGUUUUUAACGAGAUGAACUGUCAGAAUUUAUUGAAAAUUGGAGCAAGACGUGCCGCCAUUAGAUUCACAUUGUUUUCCUAUUUUCAAACGGGAACUAAAAUUAACAUGGCUAAUGAUAUUAAUAAGGAAGAAUUGAAGAAACGUUUGACACCUAUUCAAUGGCAUGUGACACAAGAAAAAGGCACUGAAAGACCAUACUCUGGAUGUUUUAAUAAAUUUUACGACAAAGGCACAUAUACCUGUGUCGUUUGUGAUCAAGAAUUAUUUUCAUCUGAGACAAAAUAUGAUAGCGGGUGUGGUUGGCCUGCAUUUAACGAAGUUUUGGAUCAGGGACGAGUCAAAUUAAACAAAGAUGUUUCUCACGAUAUGGUGCGGACUGAGGUGACCUGUUCAAAUUGUGGAGCACAUUUGGGACACGUAUUCAAUGAUGGACCAAAACCAACGAGGAAACGCUUCUGCAUCAAUUCAGCAUCAAUAAGUUUUCAUGAAGCUGGAGAAUCGAAAAAAACAACAUCAUCCUAACGAGAAAUGAAAAUUACUAAAUAAUAUUUUUUACAUAAAAACAAAAAACAAACAAAAAAACAAUUAUAAAUUUGAAAAAUAUAAAAUAAUAAUUAAUUAUAUAUUAAUUAAUUUAAUUGUCACGUUUUAAAUAUAUUAUCUUGCACUUGAUUAUAAUUUUUUCUCUGAAAUUUCACAUGUUAUUGGAAUUAUUAUUUUGAAAAAAGAAAAUAGACUCUCUUUUUUUCCAUGAAAAAUUAUAUUUAUAAUGACAAAAUAAAUAUGUAAUAUUGUUUAUAAUUAAAUUUGAAAAAUUAAUAAUUAUAUAUUAAAUUAAAGAUCUUCGAGAAGUAAUUAAAAAAUUAUUUUUUCAUCUACGUUCCGAAUUUUUGAUGCCAUAAUAUUGUGUAAAUAAUAUUGUAAUUUAUACAUCAUUCGCAAAUAAUAAAAAAUAAAAUUAUUAAUUAUUAAUUGACAUUGUUUAAUGAUUUUUUACUUACCUAUAUAAUUAUUUUUAAUGAUAGAAACUAAUUGGGAAAUUAAUUUAGAAAUAAUCAAUAUUAGUCUUUAUUUUUUUUGUUAUAAAAUUUUUUUUU